AUGAGGACGCGCUGGGCAACCCCUCGCCGUGCGGCGGAGCUACUCAUGCUGCUCCUCCAGGGUUUCGGCCUGGUGGAGCCCUCUGGCCGCUCAGGUAAUGAUCCAUUCAGCAUCGUCAAUGAAAACACAGGCAAGUGCAUCACUCCGCUGAACGACUGGAUAGUGGCAAAGGACUGUGACGAAACCAAGGACAUGUUGUGGAAGUGGGUGUCCCAGCAUCGGCUCUUUCAUCUGCAGUCCCAGAAGUGUCUUGGCCUAGAUAUUACCAAACCCGCAGAUUCCUUGAGAAUGUUCAGCUGCGACUCCAGUGCCAUGCUGUGGUGGAAAUGUGAGCACCACUCUCUCUACGGGGCUGCCCAAUACCAGCUGGCUCUGAAGGGCGGACACGCCAUAGCGAGUACAAAUUCAUCGGAUGUCUGGAAGAAGGGAGGCUCAGAGGAAAGCUUAUGUGCCCAGCCUUACCACGAGAUCUAUACUAGAGAUGGGAACUCUUUUGGGAGACCUUGUGAAUUUCCCUUCUUAGUUAAUGGGACCUGGCAUCAUGAGUGCAUUUUUGAUGGAGGUCGCAGUGGGCCAUGGUGUGCAACUACCUUAAAUUACGAAUAUGAUCAGAAGUGGGGCAUCUGCUUACAACCAGAAAGUGGCUGUGAAGAUAAUUGGGAAAAGAACGAGGAGAUUGGAAGUUGCUACCAAUUUAAUAUUCAGGCAACUCUUUCUUGGAAAGAAGCUUACGUUUCAUGUCAGAAUCAAGGAGCUGACUUACUGAGCAUCAACAAUGCUGCUGAGUUAACUUAUCUUAAAGGAAAAGAAGGCAUUGCAAGAAUUUUCUGGAUUGGUCUAAAUCAGCUGUACUCUGCUAGAGGCUGGGAAUGGUCAGACCACAGGCCGUUAAACUUUCUCAACUGGGACCCAGAUGUGCUGAUGACACCUACCAUUGGCAGAUCAAGCUGUGCAAGAAUGGAUGCUGAUUCGGGUCUGUGGCAGAGUUUUUCCUGCGAGGCUCAACUGCCCUACGUCUGUGAGAAACUGUUAAAUAGCACAGUGGAGUUGACAGAUGUGUGGACAUACUCAGAUACCCACUGUGAUGCUGCAGACUGGGUGCCAAAUGAUGGCUUUUGCUAUCUGCUGGUCAAUGAAAGUGAUUCCUGGGAUAAGGCGCAUACAACAUGCCAAACCUUCAGCAGUGACCUCAUCAGCAUUCAUUCUUUAGCAGAUGUGGAAGUAGUUGUCACAAAACUUCAUAAUGGGGAUGCCGAAGAAGAAAUGUGGACAGGCCUUAGGAAUAUAAAUACACCAGCCCUAUUUCAGUGGUCAGAUGGUACUGAAGUUACUCUAACUUACUGGGAUGAGAAUGAGCCACAAGUUCCCUAUAAUAAGACUCCCAACUGUGUUUCCUAUUUUGGAAAGCUCGGUCAGUGGAAGGUCCGAUCAUGUGAGGAGAAACUUAAAUAUGUGUGUAAGAAAAAGGGAGAAAAAUUGAAUGACACAAGAUCUGAUAAGAUGUGUCCUCCAGAUGAGGGCUGGAAGAGACAUGGAGAGACCUGUUACAAGAUUUACAAGGAUGAAGUCCCCUUUGGGACCAACUGCAAUCUGACUAUAACUAGCAGAUUUGAGCAAGAAUACCUGAAUGAUAUGAUUAAAAAGCAUACCGUGUCUCCAGAAAAAUACUUCUGGACUGGCCUGAGAGAUACAGGUGCAAAUGGAGAAUAUAGCUGGGCAAGUGUUGGUGGAGUAAAGCGGGCUGUAACCUUUUCCAAUUGGAAUUUUUUUGAGCCAGCUUCUCCAGGAGGAUGUGUGGCUAUGGCUACUGGAAAGUCUCUUGGAAAGUGGGAGGUAAAAGACUGCAGAAGUUUCAGGGCACUUUCAAUUUGCAAGAAAAUAAGUGGACACUCUGAGCCUGAAAAAGCAGCCCCCAAGCCUGAAGACCCCUGUCCUGAAGGCUGGCACAAUUUCCCGUCAGGUCUUUCUUGUUACAAGCUAUUUCAUAGAGAAAGAAUUGUAAGAAAGAGAAACUGGGAAGAAGCUGAGCGAUUCUGCCAAGCGCUUGGAGGACACCUUCCUAGCUUCAGUCACAUGGACGAAAUAAAGGAGUUUCUUCACUUUUUACUAGAACAGUUCAGUGACCAGCGUUGGCUAUGGAUAGGUUUGAAUAAAAGGAGCCCUGAUUUACAAGGAUCCUGGCAAUGGAGUGAUCAUACACCAGUGUCUACUAUUAUCACGGCAAAUGAGUUUCAGCAGGAUUAUGAUAUCAGAGACUGUGCUGCUGUCAAGGUCAUUCAAAGGCCAUGGCGAAGAAGCUGGUAUUUUUAUGAAGACAGAGAAUUUAUGAAUCUAAGGCCUUUUGCUUGUGAUGCAAAACUCGAAUGGGUGUGCCAGAUUCCAAAAGGUCAUACUCUAAAAAUACCAGACUGGUACAAUCCAGAGCGUGCUGGCAUUCAUGGACCUCCAGUUGUAAUAGAUGGGAGUGAAUAUUGGUUUGUUGCUGAUCCCCGCUUAAGCUAUGAAGAAGCUGUUCUGUAUUGUGAUAGUAAUCACAGUUCUCUGGCUAGUUUAACAUCUUUUACAGGACUAAGAGCCAUCAGAAACAAGAUAGCAAAUAUAUCUAGUGAUGAGCAGAAAUGGUGGGUGAGAACGACUGAACAGGUGAUAUCACAUCGUUUUAUAUACUCACGAGACCCAUGGCAUCACUUUCCUAUACUAUUUGGAGAGGAAUGCUUCUACCUGUCUGCCAGGACUUGGUUUAAUGAUUUACGAAAACCUGCAGACUGUAGUACCAAGUUGCCCUUUGUCUGUGAAAAAUACAAUGUAUCUUCAUUAGAAAAAUAUAGUGCAGAUUCUGCAGCUAAAGUGCAGUGCUCUGGGGAUUGGAUUACUUUUCAGAACAAGUGUUUUCUAAAGAUCAAACCCAAAUCUGUCGCGUUUUCUGAAGCCAGUGAUAUUUGUCAUACCUAUGGUGGAACCCUUCCUUCGGUCUUGAGCCAAAGAGAACAAGAUUUUAUUACAUCCCAGCUUCCAGAUAUGGACACUUCUUUAUGGAUUGGUUUGCGCUGGACUGCUUAUGAAAAGAUAAACAAAUGGAUGGAUAACAGACAGCUGACAUACAGUAACUUUCACCCAUUAUUGGUUGGCCGGCGGCUGCAAAUACCACCAAAUAUUUUUGAUGAAGAGGCAUCUUACCACUGUGCUGUAAUGCUCAACCUCCAAAAAUCACCUUUUACUGGGAUGUGGAAUUUUACUUCCUGUAGUGAACACCAUACUCUGGCUCUGUGUCAGAAAUACUCAGAAAGUGAAAGCAGACAGACCUUGCAGAAUACUUCAGAGACUAUGAAGUAUCAAAAUAACCUGUACAAAAUAAUCCUGAAGACCCUGACUUGGACCGAUGCGCUAAGAGAGUGUCAGAAAGAGAACAUGCACCUGGUGAGCAUCACAGACCCUCACCAGCAGGCCUUCCUGACUGUGCAGGCAGCCCUUCGUAACUCUUCUUUGUGGAUCGGACUCUCCAGUCACGAUGAUGAACUCAACUUUGGUUGGUCAGAUGGGAAACAUCUUCAGUUUAGUCGCUGGCCUGAAAAUAAUGAACAACUUGAAGACUGUGUAGUAUUAGACACUGAUGGAUUCUGGAAAACAUCGGAUUGCGAUAAUAAUCAACCAGGCGCUAUUUGCUAUUAUUCAGGAAAUGAGACAAAGAAAGAGGUCAAACCAGUUGACAGUGUUCAGUGUCCAUCUCCUGUUCUAAAUACUCCAUGGAUACCAUUUCAGAACUCUUGCUACAAUUUCUUGAUAACAGAAAAUAGAUACAAAGUAACAACACAAGAUGAAGUUCAUUCUAAAUGCCAGACACUGAAUCCAAAAUCACAUAUUCUGAGUAUUCGAGAUGAAAAAGAGAACAACUUUGUUCUUGAGCAGCUUCUACACUACAAGUACAUGGCUUCAUGGGUCAUGUUAGGUAUAAUUUAUGAAAAUAAUUCUCUCAUGUGGUCUGACAAGACUACACUGUCAUAUACACAGUGGAGGUCAGGAAGACCAGCUAUAAAAAAUAGCAAGUUUGUUGCUGGCUUGAGUACUGAUGGCUUCUGGGAUAUUCAAACCUUUAAUGUUGUUGAAGACUUACUAUACUUUCACCAGCACAGCAUUCUGGCUUGUAAAAUUGAAAUGGUUGACUACAAGGAAGAAUAUAAUACUACUCUGCCACAGUUUAUUCCAUAUGAAGAUGGUAUUUAUAAUGUUAUUCAAAAAAAGGUAACAUGGUAUGAAGCAUUAAAUGCAUGUUCUCAAAGUGGAGGUCAUUUGGCAAGUGUUCAUGACCAAAAUGGCCAGCUUUUUCUGGAAGAUAUCGUAAAGCGUGACGGAUUUCCACUAUGGGUUGGGCUCUCAAGUCAUGAUGGAAGUAAAUCAAGUUUUGAAUGGUCUGAUGGCAGUGCCUUUGACUAUAUUCCAUGGAAAGAUAAAAAAUUUGCCGGAAAUUGUGUUGUCUUGGAUCCAAAAGGAAUUUGGAAGCAUGAAAACUGCAACUCUGUUAAGGAUGGUGCUAUUUGUUAUAAACCUACAGAAUCUAAAGAGGUGUCCUCUUACACUUACUCAUCAAGAUGCCCAGCAGCAAAAGGGAAUGAGUCACAGUGGAUUCAGUACAGGGACCAUUGUUAUAUAUCUGACCAGGCAUUGCACAGUUUCUCAGAAGCCAGAUGGUUUUGUUCAAAGCUUGCCCAUUCUGCAACUAUCGUUACCAUAAAGGAUGAAGAGGAGAAUAAAUUUGUGAGCAGACUAAUGAGGGAAAAUAAUAACAUUACCAUGAGAGUUUGGCUUGGAUUAUCUCAACUUUCUGCCGAUCAGUCUUGGAACUGGUUAGAUGGAUCAAAAGUGACAUUUGUCAAAUGGACAGAUAAAAUUAAGAGUGGCAGUGGACAAUGUAGCAUUUUGUUAGCUUCAAAUGAAACUUGGACAAAAGUUGAAUGUUCGCGUGGCUAUGGAAGAGUUGUCUGCAAAGUUCCCUUGGACUGCCCUUCAUCCACCUGGGUUCAGUUCCAAGACAGUUGUUACAUUUUUCUUCAAGAAGCCAUCAAAGUUGAAAGCAUAGAGGAUGUCAGAAAUCAGUGUACUAAUCAUGGAGCAGACAUGAUAAGCAUACAUAAUGAAGAAGAAAAUGCUUUUAUACUGGAUACUUUGAAAAAUCAAUGGAAAGACCCAGCUGAUAUCUUAUUAGGCAUGUUUUUUGACACAGAUGAUGCCAGUUUCAAGUGGUUUGAUAAAUCAAAUAUGACAUUUGUUAAAUGGUCAGACCAAGAAGAUGGCGAGGAGCUAGUUGACACCUGUGCCUUUUUGCACACCAAGACAGGUGAUUGGAAAAAAGGAAAUUGUGAAGUUUCUUCUGUGGAAGGAACCCUUUGUAAAGCAGCUAUCCCAUAUGAAAAGAAAUAUUUAUCAGAUAACCGCAUUUUAAUAUCAGCUUUGGUGAUUGCUAGCACAGUAAUUUUGACAGUUUUGGGAGCAGUUGUUUGGUUCUUGUACAAAAGAAGUUUGGAUUCUGGUUUCACCACAGUUUUUUCAACAGCACACCAAUCACCUUAUAAUGAUGACUGUGUUUUAGUAGUUGCAGAGGAAAAUGAAUAUGAUAUUCAAUUUAACUAA